CUAUCACUGCUCAUCAAAUCAUCAGAUCAGCCCUUUUUCACCUGCAGAAACAGAAUCAUCAUAAGUUAAGCUCCCCCACCAAACCUUCCCUGACAGACAAUCCAAGGAUGACGCACCAGUUCCCAACACUCUCCGAGGCUCAGAAGAGGGAGCUCCAUGAGACAGCUCUACGCAUAGUUUCUCCAGGGAAGGGCAUCCUGGCUGCAGAUGAGUCUGUUGGCAGCAUGGCUAAGCGGCUGGCCCAGGUUGGGGUGGAGAAUACGGAGGAAAAUCGCAGACAGUUUCGUCAAAUCCUCUUUAGUGCAGAUGAUCGCAUCAACAGCUGCAUUGGAGGGGUUAUCUUCUUCCAUGAGACCCUGUACCAGCACUCUGAUAAUGGCGUUUCCUUUGUAAAAAUGAUCAGGGACAGGGGAAUCCUGGUUGGGGUCAAGGUUGAUAAAGGUGUUGUCCCCCUGGCAGGAACAUGUGGAGAAACCACCACACAAGGCCUGGACGGCUUGUCAGAGCGCUGUGCCCAGUAUAAAAAGGACGGAGCAGUCUUUGCAAAGUGGCGCUGUGUGCUUAAAAUCAGUGACUCUAACCCAUCCAAACUAGCAAUCACAGAAAAUGCUAAUAUUCUUGCACGUUACUCAAGCAUCUGCCAGCAGAAUGGCAUUGUGCCUGUCAUUGAGCCAGAGAUCCUACCUGAUGGUGACCAUGACCUGAAACGUUGCCAGUACGUCACAGAGAAGGUGCUGGCUGCUGUGUACAAGGCCAUGUCAGACCACCAUGUUUAUCUGGAAGGCACUCUGCUCAAACCAAACAUGGUCACUCCUGGACACAGCUGCCCCACCAAGUACAGCCCAGAAGAGGUGGCGAUGGCAUCUGUCAGCGCCAUGCGUCGCACCGUCCCCCCAGCCGUCCCAGGAAUUUGUUUCCUCUCUGGAGGUCAGAGUGAAGAGGAGGCCUCCAUCCACCUCAAUGCCAUCAACAACUGUCCUCUGGCUAAACCUUGGGUCCUGACUUUCUCCUUUGGCAGGGCUCUGCAGGCGUCAGCCCUCAGAGCCUGGAGAGGACAUAAGGAAAAUGAAAAAACUGCCACAGAGCAGUUCAUUAAGCGAGCUGAGGUGAACAGCCUUGCAUGUCAGGGAAAAUACAGUGGAGGUGACAACUAUAGUGAGGCCGGCCAUCGCAUCUUCGGCUCCUGCCAUGCAUACUGAGCAGAAAAAAGAAAAGAAAAAACAUCUUCCAUUUUAAGUAGCAUUAAGCUUCAUUUCUUAAGAUGUAUCACAGGUUAAUUUAACUGUAGUAACUUAGAAUUAGUGUUGCGCUGAUGCCAUUUUUUGGCCCUGAUACAGAUACCUGAUACCUGGCUGUGCAGUAUUGGUCGAUAUCAUACCGAUACCAUACUGAUACCAUCCGUUUGAAAGUGAUGUGUGUGUGUAUAUAUAUGAAGAACUGCGUACUAAUUGGGUGUAAAAUAAUUGCCAUCAUGGCUUUGUCAAGCUGCCGUGAAGCAGGAAAAAAACUAAUACAAAGUGAA